AUGGCUUCUUGUACAAAUGAAUCAUCUCAAAUAAGUAGGUCUUCAUCAUCUUCUGUGGUUUUGGCACCUUCAACUAAGUCUGAGUCUAAUACAGAAGAAGAAUUAGAUAGUGGUAUUGGAAAGAUGAAAGCAAGUGAAGAGGCUGCAUGUAUUAUCUGUAUCUCUUCAAAACUAUAUACAGCUCAAAGAACUCGAUUUCUGGCUGAAUUUUAUUUAUAUCAUGGUUCAUUUCUAACUUCACAACAUGGUAAGCAUCAAAAGUGCAAGCAACUGAUUGAUAAUGAGGAUGUUGCCUUGCAAUAUGCCCAAAAAAUUUGUUUACAAACUGCAGAAAGACGGUUAGGUAUUUUAGGAUGCAAGUGUAAAAAAUACAAAAAGGUGAUGUAUUUUGAUGGACAUGAAAGAGAGGAUGUUGUAGUGUAUAGAAGGAUUUUUUUAGAUAGAAUGAGAACUCUAGAAAGAAGAAUGGCAAUAUAUGAAGGAGAAGGAAUGUGUGAUCAGUUAAAGCUCUCUAGUGAAGAGAUAAGAAUACAUCCAGAAAUUCCCAGAGAGGCACAUUGUUAUAUCAUGCCUGGUAAAAAUCAAGAAAACUAUGGGACUAUUGAUUGUUUAUUGGAUCAAAUCCAAAAUAAAGUUAUCCCUAUAUUUGAGGCAAAAUUUCCUAAUGCAACUGCCAUUUUUGCUUUUGACAAUAGCACUAAUCAUUUAGCAUAUGCAAAGGAUGCACUUAUUGCAUUGAGAAUAAAUUUGGGGCCCAGCAGAAACCAACUGGUAAUGCGGUUAACAACUUAUAAUGAUGCUAAUGGAAAUCAACAAUUCCAGAGUAUGACUUUUGAAGAGGAUUAUAAGGAUCCAGUUAUGCAAAGAAAGCCAAAGAGAAUAAAAUUAAUAUUGCAAAAAAGAAGACUUUGGAGAGAGGAAUUGCAUUUAGAAUAUAAAAUAUGUAAGAAUAAGGAAUUGCUAAAUGAUCAUUUACGAAAAACUGUUCCGCAAGUACUUAACUCUGUUGAUCUUGUUACAAUAAGAAGGUUUGCUAGAAAAUCCUGA